AUGCAUGGUGUGUCUUGUCUUAUUACAGAGUACAGUUGUGAAUAUGGCUCCAUGAAGUUUUAUGCACUGUGUGGCUUUGGUGGGGUCUUAAGUUGUGGUAUCACACACACCGCCGUCGUUCCUCUGGAUUUAGUGAAAUGCCGUAUGCAGGUAGACCCCCAGAAGUAUAAAGGCAUAUUUAAUGGAUUCUCAGUUACACUUAAAGAGGAUGGUGUUCGUGGUUUGGCUAAAGGAUGGGCUCCAACUUUCAUUGGCUACUCUAUGCAGGGGCUCUGCAAAUUUGGCUUUUAUGAAGUCUUCAAAGUCUUGUAUAGCAACAUGCUUGGAGAGGAAAACACCUAUCUCUGGCGCACAUCACUGUAUUUGGCCGCCUCUGCCAGUGCUGAAUUCUUUGCUGACAUUGCCCUGGCUCCUAUGGAAGCUGCUAAGGUUCGAAUUCAAACCCAACCAGGUUAUGCCAACACUCUAAGGGAUGCAGCUCCCAAAAUGUAUAAGGAAGAAGGCUUAAAUGCAUUCUACAAAGGGGUUGCUCCUCUGUGGAUGAGACAGAUACCAUACACUAUGAUGAAGUUCGCCUGCUUUGAACGUACUGUUGAAGCAUUGUACAAGUUUGUGGUUCCUAAGCCCCGAAGUGAAUGUACCAAAGGAGAGCAGCUGGUUGUCACAUUUGUGGCAGGUUACAUAGCUGGAGUCUUCUGUGCAAUUGUUUCUCACCCUGCUGAUUCUGUGGUGUCUGUGUUGAAUAAAGAGAAGGGUAGCACUGCUACUCAGGUCCUCCAGAGACUUGGAUUUAAAGGUGUGUGGAAGGGACUCUUUGCCCGUAUCAUCAUGAUCGGCACUCUGACUGCACUUCAGUGGUUCAUCUAUGACUCCGUGAAGGUCUACUUCAGGCUCCCACGUCCUCCUCCUCCUGAGAUGCCAGAGUCUCUGAAGAAGAAGCUUGGGUUAACUGACUAG